GUUCCCUCUUCCUCUUUCUCUCCUACAACACCCUCUGCAUUCCCUUCAUUCCCUCCACAAGUCCUAACCCAAGCCCCAUACAUUACUCCCUCCCUCCGCAUUAAAUAGUUAUUCCUCUACAUCAUGCAUCUUUCUGCCAAGUUCGCGUUGCUCCUUGCUUCCAUCUCUGUCUCUAUCGCUUCCCCCAUCCAUGAUGCUGCCCUCGGAAAGCCAGCCCCUCUUGUCACUUCUGCUCUCGAGCAUGAAAUUCCAAACAACUACAUUGUAGUCUUCAAGAAGCACGUCGAUGAUGCGUCUGCUACUGGACAUCACAGUUGGGUUGCCGACCUGCACGAAACAUCGAUCUCAUCGCUCAGGAAGCGAAGUCAGAUUCCUUUGAUCCGCGGAGAAGUUGACCUAAGCAGCUCUGUUGAUGUCAAUAUUAAUUCCUUAACCGGUCUCAAGCACACAUAUAACAUCUCUGGAAGCCUUCUCGGUUACUCUGGUGCUUUUGACGAAUCUGUUGUGGAGCAGAUCCGUAAUCACCCUGAUGUUGCCUAUGUCGAGAAAGAUACCAAGGUCUAUGCUCUCGCGGAUCCCGUAACUGAACACUCUGCUCCUUGGGGUCUUGCCCGUAUCUCUCACCAAGAGAGUCUGAACUUUGGUUCCUACAAUAAAUACAUCCACCAAGCUCAUGGUGGCCAGGGUGUUGACGUUUAUGUCAUUGACACUGGUACCAAUAUCGAUCACAACGACUUUGAGGGCCGUGCCCAUUGGGGGAAAACCAUUCCUGCCGGUGAUGAGGAUGUAGAUGGCAAUGGCCACGGAACCCAUUGCUCGGGUACCAUCGCAGGAAAGAAGUAUGGUGUUGCUAAGAAGGCCAACGUUUACGCUGUCAAAGUUCUCCGAUCCAACGGAUCCGGAACUAUGUCUGAUGUCGUUAAAGGCGUUGAAUACGCUGCUGAAUCACAUGUUAAGAAGGCUGCCGCUGCCGCUGCCAGGAAGGAUAAGAACUUUAAGGGCUCAGCUGCCAACAUGUCUCUUGGUGGUGGAAAGUCGAGUGCAUUAGACCAGGCUGUUAAUGGCGCUGUGAUGCUAGGCCUCAACUUUGCGGUAGCCGCCGGAAAUGACAAUGCUGAUGCUUGGCCUAUUUCUCCAACUACGGAAAAUGUGUUGAUAUUUUCGCCCCUGGCUUGA